AUGGAAGUUCUUUACAUUGAUAAAAAUCUUAUCUCAGGAGAUAUUCCAAAUUGUUGGAAUCAUUGCCAGGAUUUGUACCUUUUAAAUUUGGGAAGCAACAAUUUGACCGGAAAAAUCCCACAUUCUUUAUGGCAUCUAAAUCUUACAAUGCUAAACCUUCAAAACAACAGAAUGUUUGGAGAAUUGCCAUCCAUAUUGCAAAAUUCUAGAUGUUUGGUUAUGUUGGAUCUUAGUGAAAAUCAUUUCAGUGGAAGUAUUCCAGCAUGGAUUGGUGAUAAGCUCUCAAACCUUAAGAUUCUAAGCCUUCGAUCAAAUAACUUUAAUGGUCAUAUUCCUCACAAAAUUUGUGAUCUUCAAUUUCUUCAAAGCUUGGACCUUGCCCACAACAACAUUUUUGGAGUUAUUCUAAAAUGUUUUAAUAAUUUAAGAGCAAUGGCCGCAACAAACAAAACCAAUAAAGAAGUUCAUCCGCUUCCGUUGAGUCUAUAUACUUACUCAUAUUCUUUGAGUGCAAUAUUGGUGUUGAAAGGACGAGAGGAUAAAUAUGGUAGCACACUUGGACUUGUUAUCAGCAUGGACCUUUCAAUUAACAGUCUCACAGGAGAGAUCCCCAAAGAAAUUGGUAGUCUCGUUGGACUAUUGUCUUUAAAUUUUUCAGGGAAUCUCCUAACAGGAAAUAUACCAGACAACAUUGGCAACAUGGAGUUAAUGGAAUCUCUUGAUUUAUCCAUGAAUGGGCUAAUUGGUGAAAUCCCUCCAAGCAAUCAUCUUUGCGGACCUCCUCUCACUAUGAAUUGCACCUCAAAAGGUAUUCCAAACAUUGCAAAUAAUGGAAGUAAUAGUGAAGGAAGUAAAGUGAAUUGGCUUUAUGUAAGCAUAGUUCUUGGCUUUGUAAUGGGAUUUUGGGGUGUAGUGGCUCCCUUGUUUUUCAUCAGGUGGUCGGGUGGAAAAGAAGGCGCGACUCCGCUUCUUCUACCACGAUAUUCCCAGUGGCAAAAAUCCUACUACAGUCCUGUUAGCUCAGGCCAACAUCACCCAGGAUUUCUUUUCCCCAUCCCCAUACAGCAGCUUGUAUGUAUGGAUGAUCCCCUCACUAUAGGGCCUGAACGAACAUCCACCACCAUCGGAAAUGCCCAAGGGCUCUACAUAGCAUUAAGUGGAGAUCCUAACAAGUUCACUGCAGUUUUAUACGCGGAUUUUGCUUUUACCACCGGCAGGUUCAAUGGAAGCUCCUUCAGUUUGUUCUCACGAUAUCCCCCCACUGAUUUUGUUCCUAGCCCCAACACAAAUUGUGAAAUGGCGAUAGUGGGAGGGAGAGGUGCGUUUAGGAUGGCCAAAGGGUUUGCCCUAUUACGAGCCACUUGUUCUAGCGCCAAGACUGUAGAUGCUAAUCUCGAGAUCAAUGCUAAUUUGUACCAUUACCAAACCCAAUUGCAGAAUAUUGAAAUUCAUAAUAAGAUCAAUAAAAGAGUAUAUUCCUAA